AAGAAAGUGUUGGUCACAGAUCUGAGAUCGCUUGCUGCAUUUUCUCCCUGCAGCGAGCAGGAACGAACCAUAAGAACAGCACAAACUAGACGAUAAUGGCGUUCACAUUCGCGGCCUUUUGCUACAUGCUUGCUUUGCUGCUCACAGCGGCGCUUAUUUUCUUCGCUAUCUGGCAUAUAAUAGCAUUUGAUGAGCUGAAGACAGAUUACAAGAAUCCAAUAGAUCAGUGUAACACUUUAAAUCCGACAGUUGAAAAGGUCAAAAAGAUUAAAAGAGUCAGAAUUGCAUUAAAGCUGGUGCUUCCAGAGUACCUUAUCCAUUUCUUCUUUUGUGUGAUGUUCUUCUGUGCGGCUGAGUGGCUCACGCUCUGUCUCAACCUACCGCUGCUGGUUUAUCACGUGUGGAGAUAUAUGAGCAGGCCUGUGAUGAGCUGUCCAGGACUCUACGACCCAACAACUAUCAUGAAUGCGGACAUCUUGGCCUACUGUCAAAAAGAAGGCUGGUGUAAACUGGCUUUCUACCUCCUGUCAUUCUUCUACUAUCUUUACGGGAUGAUCUAUGUUCUUGUGAGUUCUUAAGGCUGCAAUAGAGGACGAGCUGUACACGGAUGGAUGACCAGACUCUGCUGAUGGUGCUGGACCUGCUGGACAACAUCGCUCAGCAGCACGAUACUAUUUCAAAGUGACUGUCCACCUCAUACUACUUUUUUAUUUUUUAUUUUUUUAAUGCAUUAAGACAGUUUUUUCGAGAAUAUCUCAGUCUCAGCAUUCCUCUCAUAGCACCAUCGUUUAAAAAUUAUGGAAAUGAGGCCAAACCUGAAAGGACUUCAUUUUUUAGAACGGUGUGAUUUGUUGCUUGAGAAUUCAACACAUUUUGUUUUGGUUUCCAACUCUGCAGAGUUGGCAUGAGGGAGUCCUUUUCAGGUGUGUUUAAGCUCUGAUCCUUGAAGCUGCAUAUUGAACCGUAUUAUGUCCUGUGAUUUAGAUUCUGGACUACAGCAGAAUAUUCACACUUGCUGUGAGAUUGGUUAGCGUCAAUGAGUGAAACGUUAAACAUGAAGCAGAUUUCUCACUGAGGGCUGGAAAUGCUGGUUUGUGACGUCAGUGAAUUGUUGCACAGGAACAGCCCGUGUGGUGCGUUUGUUAUUAAACUGCCCCCAAGACUGGUCAUUUAUCAAACAUAAAUCAGUAUUGAGGUUUUUGGUUUGGGUUUUUGUGUGUGUUUUUGUUUUUUAACCUCAAUGCAUUUUGGAGUAGAAGCUGUAUUUCUAUAAUCACAGAUAAAAUUAAAAGGUGGACUCAGCAGUACAGUGUAUUCAGCAAGAGGCCAUGACUUUUUUUAUUAUUAUUAUGCAUUUGAACCGUGGUAGGGGUACACCUUACUGUUAAAUGCACCUUUUUAAAGCUUUUAACCCUCCCCAAACGUUAUUUUUUUCAUCAUGAAUUCAUGUUUUUGUUUUUAAAGCUGUUGUGACUUCUUACAUCUCCAUAAUAUCAAGCACUCCUCAUCUCGGUCGUUGUUUUCAGACUCUCAUCUAAAAUGCUUUAGAUUCUUUAAAAUUGAGGCCACGAGACACAAAAAAUUGUCCAAAACACGAGUAAUUAAUUGCUGCAGUGUGUAAUUUUUAAACAGGUUCGACCAUUUCUCACAGAACACGGCCCCACCCAAAUUUGCAUCUAGGAAUUGAAAACUUGGGAUUUUUAUUUGUUGAUAAAUAAACUUAUCCCACUAUUAAAGCUG